ACGAUGAUCUUGCAUACCCCAAAGUUACCACCUCUGUUGAACGAAGCUAUCGUCGUUUGGCAAAGCGUAAGAUGCUAUUCGACAUACCCUUGCACUGCGAUUUGAAUAUCGAGCCCACACCACAUUUGCUGACGGUCGCUCAAUGUGGCCGCAGCCCCUGCGGUUCGUCUGAUCUUUCUACGACGUCACUUGGCGUCGUGAUCCACCUACCGCAAACAUGAUGCGUCCAAGCGAUCCUCGAUUCCGCCAGACCAUCAAUCAGAUCUCCCACAACUUAGAAUCCGCGAAUGAAACUGCCCAAGAAGGGAUAUAUACCUUUUCGCAUAACUACAUCGGCCCGUGCUUCGCGGGCAUUAAGAAUGGCGUCCGAUCCUGCACAUCUGCUUGCUUUCCCAGCCGUGAAGACCAAUUACGUCGUCGCAGGCGUGGCAGGUCAAGUGGUCGAGCAGAGUAUGACUUUGAUUUCUAUGAUGACUGGGACUACGAUGAGGAUACGACGACUGAUAGCCUGUUGGGCUGGGGAACUGAUGAAUUGGACAGAUUACUAGCUGGAAGUAGUGGCGCGCGGGGUCCUGCAGACCAGCCACGAAGACAUCGCCGUAUGAGCUAUGGCGCUCGCGGUGGCCGUCGGAAAAGCACUGCAUUGCCCAAUGAUGAAAGGCGCGAUCCUACGGUUAUCCCCAGUUCUUCAUUCCUUGGAUUUUUAGAACGUUUCCCCUGGAGAAUUGGUGCCAGAGGCAUAAGAUAUAGGCCCUCUGCAGCUGACUUGCAAGAAAAUCCGGGAGGAACACGACGGGAUACUAUGGAGAGCGAACCUCUGAUUGAGGGGAGUGAUGAGAGCGACAUGGACGGUUCUAAGGAUGAUGAGGGUUUGCCUGCGACGAAAACUAGAUUAAGGAGCGGUACUCAAUCAUCACGAGAAACUAGCAAUUCCUUAAGCUCGCGCGGCGAUCUCCUACCCAGCGAUGAAGAAGAAGAUGCUGUUCCCCUUGACGACGAAUUUGCCAUGACAUUAGGCCGCCGGGACACCUGGGGAUCAGGAUUGCAAGACGCCCCGCCUGCAAGUAGAUCUGCCUCUGGAAUAUCAAUGAAAACCACAGAAUCCUCCAAAGACUCGAGAACUUCAGGCAAAGGAAAAGGAAAGCGGAGGAAGAAUCGAAGGAGAACUGUCUCUUCCAAGUCCCCUAAAUCACCAGUAUCAGACGGAGAAAUGAGAGAAACAACGCAAAUUCCUUCUUUGCUAGACUUGAAGAGAGAGGAAGAGCAGGCUCGAUACAAAGAAGAGAUGGAAAUUGAUCGGAAGCGACAGGCUGCGCAGAAGCUCGCUCGAGAACGCGGCUUAAGCGUGGAUGAAGAUAAUGGAGAGCCUGUAAACGAAAAUGACGACAUCUCACAAGACCCGCAACGCGAACAACAACUACUUGGCGACGCAACUCACAAACUCCCUUCGUCUCAGGGGCAAGGUUUACACUCGACAGACAUAGACAAACCACCUAAUCCUGUAGAUAAUCGAGAUCCACCAGAUCAAGAGCCAUAA